GAACUUAAAUGGUUUUGUCAGUCCCUGCAUACAUAAAGGAACAAAAGUCAUUGCAGCUGAUCCAGCAGCUUCGAAACCAAUCACAGAUUCCAGUGAGAGAAAAAAACAAGAAAAAAACAUUGAAACUGCAAUUUCCAGGAAGAACUCUUCUCCUAUCCACCCACUUUAUGGACGAAGCCGACCUGUUGGGCGACCGAAUUGCCAUAAUGGCGGGCGGCGAACUGCAAUGUUGCGGAUCCAGUUUUUUCCUCAAGAAGAAGUACGGAGCUGGCUACCAUUUGGUCAUGGAUAAAUCGCCUCAAUGCGAUCCAGAAAAAGUCACUACUUUGCUUCGAAAGUAUAUUUCAAACAUCGAGGUGCAUAGUUGCAUCGGCUCGGAACUGACCUAUCUUCUAGCCGAGAGCCAAUCGUACAUCUUCGAGACGAUGCUCAGAGAGCUGGAGCAACAUAGCUACCAUUUGGGCAUCAACAGCUAUGGAAUAUCGCUGACAACUCUGGAAGAAGUGUUCAUGAAGGUGGGCGCCGACCAUGGGCAGGAGGAGAUCUACAACGCCAAAUCUGAUGAGAAGGAGUUGAACGGCAACGCCCCAACGGCAGUAGAUAUCAUUGAGUUCAAGUCACCAACACCAACCACAUCCUCUUUGGUCCUCCUCCAAAACCAGAUAACAGCCAUGAGCCUGAAGAAGAUCCUGUCCACUAUGCGAAGUUGGGUUUUGCUGCUGAUCCAGAUCUUCAUGCCAGUUAUCUUCCUCGCAAUUGCGAUAGUGGUGGCCCGACAGCAGAACAACGUCGGAAAUCUGCCUGCACUCCUUCUAGAUACCAGUACCUUUGAUAAUCCGGUCACGUUAGUUGAAAACUCUAAUGGGAGUAGCAGUUAUAGCGAAACCUAUCGUAACAUAGUCGGCAGCGCCUACGAGGCGGUACCAUCUAUCGAGGAGGAGAUUUUGAAUCUGACUGCAAGAACACCCGUGACAGUUCGAAGGAGGUAUAUCGGAGGCCUUUCCAUCUCAAACAUCUCAAAUAAAUCGCAGCUGAUUGACGGUUGGCCCCAGUUAACCACUUACUUCAACAACGAUCCAUACCACACACCUGCGAUCACCUUGGGCCUCACGUUGAACACCAUGUAUAGAACAGUUGCGAAUUGCAGUGAGUGCAGCAUGAAAUUCCGGAAUGCCCCGAUGCCAUAUCUGCCCGAGACUCAGGUACUCAAACUAAGCUUAGGCAAAAGAGGUAGACUUACGAGGCCAUUCCUU